UUGAAGUUGAGUUAGUUUGGUCAAAUGAUGCACAUUUAGAAAAAAAGCGUGAAUCUUACCUUACUGGAAAAACGAAGAAAUCAACUUAUUUUGAUAAAUAUGGGCCAAGUGGCUCUUUCAUGAAAGCUGCAAAAGGAACCGCAAAAAUAACAACAUUUUUAAAUAAAAGUUUGGUUCCAGAUGACUUUAAUGAAAUUUUUGACGAAUUAGAAAAUGAACGGAACAAUACACUUGAUUUGAAUGAAAGAAUCGAACAAUUGAAAAAGGAACUUAAAGAACAGCAAAAAUUACUAACA